AUGAAGACAUUUGGAUUAAAAGAUACAGUACAUUGGAUUAAAAAGUACAGGGCAGAAAGGGCCGGCCCGGCGGACAACAACGGGCAAUUACGAAGACCAUCUCGAUCACCUCGCAGUCAGCGUAGCCGCAGUGCGGACGUGGAUUGUCUGAAGAAGUACACGGAGCGUCGCGUGGAGGAACGCCGGCACACGGAGAUCAGCGACCCCAGCAAAGUGGACACCUCGAAGUGGAUGCCUCUACCGAAGAACAUGCCUCGGGGUCAACAAUCGGGGGCGACAAAGAGAUUCUCGAGGGAUGAGCGGCAGGAGAGCGUCGAUGAGUCGGCGGCAAGUGGCGAGAAAUGGCCGGCGAGAUCUAUCUUAUCCUCGUCGGCUGAGAAUCGAUCCAGAAUCGAGCCCGAAGUUGUACGUCGACAUCCGCCCAACAUCAGGAGUCACAGCACCGACGUGACUAUCCUUAAGAAGCCGGAGAAGAGCAUCACUGAGCAACGAAGGCACACGGACUGCAUCAGUGACCCACGAACUAUCGCUACGAGAUGGCUACCACAAAUUAACGAUGCGAAAUUUCACCGAGAGGCGUCCCCCCUUGCAAGAGUCGGCUGUGAAACCACGAAGAGCACGGCUACGCGGUGGAUAACAUUCGCUAAAAGUCCGUCGCCCAAUCCUGCAACAAGAAUAAAUCCCGACAGUAAAGAUUCCACAAUGGAACACGACAGACAGAACGAAGGGCCGCGUAAAGACGCGGACAUUCCCAAAUGGCAACCUCCUAGAAAGUUCUCCCCGGCGAAGACCGAGAAAGGGCGCUUGCAAAGGCAAGAUGAAUUAGAUGUUGGCAGAGACCGUUCCUCAAGCUGUGUCGAUACCAACGAGCGAGUGAAAGAUCGCUCCUCGAGCUACGUCAACACUAACGAGCGAGUGAAAGAUCGCUCCUUGAGCUACGUCGACACUAACGAGCGAAUAAAAGAUCGCUCCUUGAGCUACGUCGAUACUAACGAGCGAGUGAAAGAUCGCUCGUUGAGCUAUGUCGAUGCCAACGAACGAGUGAAAGAUCGUUCCUCGAGCUUUGUCGUCAGUCACGAGCGAAUGAAAGAUCGUUCCUCGAGCUUCGCCGAGGCUAACGAGCGAGCGAACAAGCUCAGCGAACGUAUGCGAGACUUGUACGAUUUCAAGACGGAGAACGAGUGGCCGAAGAGGGCGGGGACCUCCCGAGAUAACACUUGGAUCAGCAAGAGCAGCAGCGAGGAAGAGAGACCCAACUAUCAGCCGGUUCGCAGGAACAGUCAAGAUUUAGAAUUUAACGAUAGAAUCGAUAUCUUCAAGUCCAAGACUGAGGAGGAGGAAGAGGAGGACAGACGAAGACCGAAGCGCAGUACUCACAAGGCCAGCGAGGUGUUUCCGGACGAGCAAGACGAACGUCUACAAAAGUUCAACGAGAAAUUGCGAUUCAGCGAGGAUCUCAGAGCGGCGCGAGUUCGCGGUCGCGAACGAGGGCGCACUUACUCGGACGACUACGACGAGAAGGUCCGACGGGAUUCUCGUUCGACCCGGCCGGAACUAGUGACGUUCAAGAGAGACCGACCGGAAGCACCGGCUAUUAGGAGACUGGUGGACAAGGAGAACAAACGGAAUUCGGAUGUGAGCAUGAGACCACGCGAUUCCACGGUCAGCUAUGUAGAGAUAGAUUUCGCGAAGAGGGAUUCGCGUACCAGCGACGCCAGUUACGUCAGCGUGAACAUGAGCAAGAGGGGUAGUGUCGAGAGCAAGAGCCAGAGGAUCCUCGAUGUCCCACCGAGAAGAGCUUUCAGCCAAGGCGAGGAGCGACCGGCCACCCCGGUGCCGCCGAUCGAGUUCAACGACGAACGGUACGUCCCCAAGAAGUUAUCGGAACCCUCGAGCACUAGAUAUAAAGUGUACCUCACAUAGGAAAUGCCUGCGAGAGCUGGCAUUUCGCGAAACGAAUGCCGCUUUCGCAGGGUUUUAGAUUAACAUUUAACGUCUCGACAAUGAGAAAGAACAAGUUCGACGUGGAUGGAGAAACAUUUGUACGAAGAGAACCUCGAUGCGAUCUUCACAAAAGUUAUAAGUGUCAAUACUGGUAUGUCGCAAAAUUAAACUCGUUAUACAGUGUUAACUUUGUGUUGGGCGAUGUCCGUCACUUUUGUCGAAUAAAAAAAAAAACGAAAUUUUAAAUAUUUACGAAAAUGAAUAAGUGUAAGAUAUAAGCAAUCUGCGAUAAAUACGAUGGAGUUGUUGUCUAUAAAUAGCUGUUAAGCAAGCAUUCAGGUGUUUAUUGUGUUCAUUGUAGAAUAAUGCGAUGUGUAAGUGAAUGGAUGUACGAAAUUCGAGUAUAUUCUGUUACAGAAUAUAUUCAACAAAUGGCACCUGCCCGGACCCGGAAAGUUUAAUACAUAAACAUAUUUGUAGAAGGUUUAUAACGAGUUACAUAAUUGGAAGUGUCCUAUUCGUGUUUUUCAUGUCGAUGUUUAAGACGUAACUGCGAUAUUAAUAGUGUACAAACGAUGUAAUACAAAAAAUAAUAAAAUAUUCUUUGAAGAA